UGUCGUUUGAAUUGAUGAAACCCGAUUCAAGAACACUUGACUGCUUCCCUCACCACAUCUUGCAUGUGCCAAUUCGCAGCUCCACUCUUCUUGAGUUUUUGAUAUCAGCCAAUUCUUGAAUUAGCCUGAUGUGAUUUUAUGUCUUUCUUAGCGUCAUUCCUGCUACGACCACGGAUUAUGUGCCUACCCCUUCUGCCCGACCAUUUGAUGUCAUACGAACUCCGAGCAAGUCCUUUCAUAGAACCUUUUUCGGCAAUCGGCAUAUGUCGGCUAUUCUACUUGUGGAAAGGAGCGGCCGUUUACGGAAGGGUAAACCCAAGCUUCAACCUCGUCAUGUGCUCACUUGCUCGCCCAGUCGCACAGCCUCUCGACUCUUGGACCUUGAUUCUUGGACCUUGGUGCCAACACCUCGACAAACAUAUCGUGCCUUGACACCCUCGCUACAUAUCAGAGACGCAGCCGCCUUGCAUUGAUAUCUGGACUUCGACGUAAACUCUGACUACUCUGGAUUGACAAAU